AUGGUAAGUCCACAGAGUGCAAAUCCACAGAAUGCAAGUCCACAGAGUAUAGGCUCAGGUACUGCUGAAUAUGAUCCAAGGACAGAUCCGAAAAGGAAGGCCAAGUCUAAUGAUCCUGGGUGGAAGUAUGGCUUCUGGCCAGAAAUUGGCAAUAGAGAUUUGGUUGAGUGUAUCCUUUGUGGAACACAAGUAAAGUCUGGAAUCAAGAGAUUGAAGGAGCAUCUUGUAGGUGGAUAUGGAGAUGCUGUCAAAUGUGAAAAGACAACAACAGAAAUUGCUGCUGAAAUGGAAGCAGCACUAGUUAAGGGAAGAAGAAGGAGAGCGCUAAACCUAGAUGAUGACGAUGAUGGUGUUCAAAUGGUGGAAGUGGUACCAAGUGAGAACCAGGUUCAGGGACAUCCAAGUUCAGGCACAACUGUGCAACAUCCAAGUUCAGGGACAGCAUCCAAAAGGAAGCAAUCUGCUCUGAAAUUUUCAACUUUACCACCUAGACCAAAAGAGAAGAAGUCAGUGAUUACCAUGCUUCGAAAAAAAACUGAAGAAGUGGUUGAGGAAAGACAUUCUAACAAUGGACCUGCACAAAGCAGUGUGGAGGGAAGGAUCAGGACCAAGGAAGAAAGAGAUGAAGUCAAUAUGCAUGUGGCCAAUUUCUUCUAUGAGAGUAGAAUACCAUUGAAUACUAUCAAUGCAAGGAGCUUUGAGAUUAUGUGUGAGGCCAUUGGACAGUAUGGACCUGGAUAUAAACCUCCUAGCUACCAUGAGGUGAGGGUGCCAUUGCUACGAAAGGCUGUGGAACAGACCAACAAACUAAAGGAGAAGCAUGAGGCUGCUUGGAAGCAAUAUGGCUGUACACUCAUGUCAGAUGGGUGGACAGAUAGGCGAGGCCGUCACCUCAUUAAUUUCCUAGUCAAUAGUCCAGAGGGGACUUUCUUCUUGGAGUCCGUUGAUGCAUCAAGCAAAGUACAUGAUGCACCAAUGUUGGCAGAUUUACUACAGCAGAGAAUUGAUCUCAUUGGAAGAGACAAGGUUGUUCAAGUGGUCACUGACAAUGGUGCUAACUAUAAGGCAGCUUGCAAGCUUCUUAUGGAAAGAAUUCCAACGCUGUUUUGGACUCCAUGUGCUGCACAUUGCUUGGACCUUAUGCUAGAGGACAUUGGCAAAAUGAAGGUGUUCAGCAAGCCUAUUGCACGUGCAAGACAAGUUACUACCUUUAUUUAUAGGCACGGGAGGCUUCUUGAUGCAAUGAGGGAGAAGACAGGAGGUAGAGAUCUUGUUAGACCAGGAGUAACUCGUUUUGCUACUGCUUUCCUCACUUUGCGCAGCUUGCACACUCAUAGGGAUGCUCUGAAAUUCCUAUUUUUGAUGGAGUCCUUCAUGCUCCAUGUAGUGCAGAAAGAAUAA